GGGGAAGAUAAUUUCACUUACUGUCCAGCAACGGGCCUAGCUAGAGGAAAAGAGCACUCGGAAUUUGCUGGCUGGGCAUUUCCAUUCCCAGGGGUGUUUCUGACGGAGGAGUUCAUCAGCGAAGACGAAGAAUCUGAGAUCGUUGAACUGAUGGAUCGAGAUGACUGGAAACCGUCACAGUCCGGCCGAAAGAAACAGGACUAUGGACCCAAAGUGAACUUCAAGAAACGACGGCUGAGAGCUGGCAGCUUUACCGGUUUGCCGAGUUUCAGUAAGAAGAUUGUGGCGCAGAUGAGGGCCUGCUCUGUCCUAGGUGGUUUCUUGCCUGUCGAACAGUGCAACCUGGACUAUGUUCCAGACAGGGGUUCUGCCAUCGACCCGCACUUCGACGACUGGUGGCUCUGGGGAGAGCGUCUGGUCAGCUUAAACUUGCUCUCAAAAACUGUGCUAUCCAUGUCUUGUGAUUCGGAGGACAGCAUCCAAUUAUUUCCCACCUCCAGGAAAGAAAACGGGGAAUUAAGUCCCCCUGGAUCUUUAACACAGACAGCAGCACGCAGCAAUUCAGAUGAAGAGGGAAUCGACUGCACGUUAACCCCAAAGCUCGUUCCAAGUAGAGAGGUGACCGUGGCCGUUCACUUACCGCGACGGUCUCUGCUGGUGCUGUACGGCGACGCGCGGUACAGGUGGAAACACGCGAUUUACCGCAGGCACAUCGAGCAUCGCCGAAUCUGCGCCACGUUCAGGGAGCUGUCUGCAGAGUUCAGUGCCGGAGGAAGGCACGAGGACCUGGGUAAAGAGCUGCUGGACAUAGCGCUUUCAUUUCAAGGCAGACCAGUGUGA